CACGAGCAGAUCCCGAGAGCUCAGUCGUGCUCGUGCAUCUACCGUUGAUGGCUCACGCUCUUCGUUCCAUCAAUGCGCCGAAAUGAAGCUCGCUCGCUUCCAAAAACCCCUCUUCAGCCUUGGCUUCCGGGCUCUAUCGAGACCCUUCUGCGACAAAGCCUUCCCAGGACCCGGCGACGAGGAGGAGGAGGACUCGCGGUUUGUGGCCACCCUCUCGAGCAUCGUCCGGGGAAAGAAGAGCUGGAGGGACGCGUUCGACAGCCCGUUUGUGGCGAGCUCCUUGACGCCUCGUCACGUCGAGAAGGUACUGAUCGGAACCUUGGACGACUGUAGGUUGGCUCUCCGAUUCUUCAAUUUCCUGGGUCUCCACAGGGGCUUCGUCCAUUCCGCUGCGUCGUUCUGCAUCUUGGUUCACGCCCUCGUCCAGAGCAACCUCUUUUGGCCCGCUUCGUCGCUGUUGCAGACGCUGUUGCUUCGCGAGCUGAGCCCGAGGGGCGUUUUCGGGGAGCUCUUGAAGUGGUACGAGGAAUGCGGGUUCGCUUCGAGCCUGGGUUUUGAUCUGUUGAUUCAAAGCUACGUGCAGAAAGGAAGGGUCUUCGAUGCCUGUACGGUUUUCGAGCUCACGGCGGAGCACAAAUUGCUGCCAGAAACGAGGACUUUGAACGCCCUUUUAAGCGGGCUUGUGAAAGUGAGGCAGUUUCCGUUGGUCGUGGAAUUGUUCGAUUUUAUUCUGAGCUUAGGCAUCUCGCCGGAUGUUUACAUGUAUACGAUGAUAAUCAGGAGCCUAUGCGAGACAAAGGAUUUCGUCAGAGCCAAAGAAGUAAUCUGUUUGAUGGAGAACUCUGGCUGUCAGUUGAAUGUAGUACCUUACAACGUGUUGAUUAAUGGGCUUUGCAAGAAUCAGAGGAUUGGGGAUGCAGUCGUGAUCAAGAAUUCUCUCAGAAGACGUGGACUGCAAGCGGACAUGGUUACAUACUGUACAUUAGUGCUUGGGCUUUGCAAAGCACAUGAGUGUGAGGUUGCAUUGGAGUAUGUAAACGAAAUGCUUGAGUUGGGACUUUGUCCAACUGAAGCUGCUCUUUCUGGCCUUACCGAGGGGCUGAGGAGGAAGGAUAAGGUCAUGGGUGCUUAUUAUUUGGUUGAUAGAGUGGGGAAGCUUGGAGUGUUGCCUAACUUGUUUGUUUGUAAUGGUUUAAUAAGUUCAUUGUGCAAAAUCGGCCAGUUGGAUCAAGCUAAGUCGCUUCUUGAUAAGAUGAGGAAGGAUGGUCCAUCUCCGAAUGACGUCACAUACACCAUCUUUAUCGAUUUCUUCUGCAAGAAAGGAGAGUUGGAAACUGCUCUCCAUUUUCUCGAUGAUAUGGGAAAUGCAGGAAUAAGAGCUACUGUUUAUACCUACAAUUCUUUAAUAGGUGGACACUGCAAGCUAGGAAAUUUGUCUGCUGCCAAGUUUAUCUUUCAUGAGAUGACUGAGAAGAGAUUGACACCAACUGUAAUAACUUACUCGUUAUUAGUUUAUGCAUACUGCAAAGAAGGACAAAUCCACGAGGCAUUCCGGCUCUACCAUGAAAUGACAGGGAAGGGUGUAGCACCUAACAUAUACACCUUUACUGCACUCAUUUCUGGUCUAUGUCGUGUAAAUAUGAUUGAUGAAGCUUGUAAAUUAUUUGAUGAAAUGGUGGGAAAGAAUGUUCUCCCAAAUGAGGUAACCUACAAUGUUAUGAUCGAUGGGUACUGCAAGGUAGGCAAUGUAGUUAGAGCCUUUGAAUUGUUUUAUGAAAUGCAAAAAAGGGGUCUUGUGCCUGACACAUACACAUAUAGGUCCUUAAUUGGUGGACUUUGUGUGAUUGGUAGAGUAACUGAGGCCAAAGAUUUUUUGGAUAACCUAUGCCACCAGCAUAUUAAGUUAAAUGAGAUGUGCUAUGGUACACUUUUGCAAGGAUUUUGCAAGGAAGGAAGAUUAGAUGAAGCAAUGACAACUGUUUCUGAGAUGGUCGAAAGAGGUAUAAAUGUGGAUCUUGUGUGUUAUGCUGUACUUAUAGACGGAAUUGUCAAAAAGCAUGACAUAAGGAGCUUACUUUGGGUCCUUAAAGAGAUGCACGAUCUUGGUUUAAGGCCUGAUAGCGUAAUAUAUACCAGCAUGAUUGAUGGUUAUGGCAAAGCAGGGAAGUUGAAGGAGGCAAUUGGUUUGUGGGAUGUGAUGAUUGGUGAAGGGUGUGGCCCGAAUGUGGUGACGUACACUGUCCUAAUAGAUUGCUUAUGUAAGGCGGGAUUCAUAGAUAAAGCUGAGCUUCUACUAAAGGAAAUGCUAGUUACUAAUUCCCUCCCGAACCAUGUGACAUAUGGUUGCUUUCUUGACCACUUAACAGUAAUCGGUGACAUGGAAAAUGCUGUCAAGCUGCAUGAAGCAAUGCUUAAAGGGUAUUUAGCAAACUCCACCACUUACAAUAUGCUGAUCCGUGGUUUCUGCAGAUUGGCUAAAAUUCGAGAGGCUUCUGAACUUCUAGUUGAGAUGACUGCGAAUGGCAUCUUUCCAGACUGUAUAUCUUAUUCAACCUUGAUUUACAACUAUUGUAGGGGCGGUCAUUUACAGGAAGCAAUCACAUUAUGGGAAAAUAUGCUGAAUGAUGGUCUGAAGCCAGAUACACUAGCAUAUAAUUUCUUAAUUUAUGGUUGUUGUGUGACUGGAAACCUUAAGAAAGCUUUUGAAUUGCGUGAUGAUAUGAUGAGAAGGGGUGUGACACCAAAUCGGGUUACAUAUAGUAAUCUCAGCCAUGGAGCUUCUUUUAAGAUUUUAUCCUAAGAGGAAGUAGCUUGAACUAUUUAAUGUCAAUGAAGCCAAGAUACCCUUUGUGAGCUUUCACUGUGAAGUUAACAUGCGAGGCACUUUCAUGCAGUUGGAUCAGAACCAUGUGGGUCCAGGCAAGAAAAAGAUGAAUUCUGUAAUUUGAGGAGGACAUUCAUUCUAUGGCUAUGGUUAUUAGAAUUAUUUUAUAUGACAGUAGACACUCCCACAUAAAAAGUGUGCCAGUUUUCCUAAUCUGAAUUUAUUAAUUCAUAUGGCCAUGUUCAAUUGUUAACCACAAAACUGUCAUUAUGCACAUAACAGAAUUUUGUGAUUCUCCGGGCAUAUGUGAGUGCUCAAUCACCUGCAUGUUUUUCUUAUGGCUUAGUUGUGAUUGUACAUGGAGUUGCUUGUAAUCCCAGGACUGAUCAAAUGGCACAACACAAUGGUGUUCACUGGUACAGUGAAAUCCUUCAUCUCUCUGUCCAAAUGUGCAGGGUAAUGCGACUAAACACAAAAGAAGAGUUGGGCAUAACAGCUAUAAAAUUUGAGGGACCGGGCAUCUAGAAAAGCAAGCUUUUCUAAUUUCCAAUUCAUUUGAUCAUAAUGAUGGGAGAUUGGUCGAAAUGUCAUUGGCAUGAUCAUCAUGGAAUAGAUAUGUGGAUUUCCAAGCAUGGAACCUAGGCAUGGGUUAAGAAUUGAAGGUGCACAUCACACAAGCAGUGAUCUCGUCAUCAUAUCAGUGAUUUUUUCCCUGGGAAGCUGCAAUUUAUUUUAUGAAGAGGGUUCUAGCAAGAUGGAUCGCCAUGCAGCAUCUUUUACUCCAUGCUUAUCUUGGAACAAAAGCUUAUCUGCUUCUUCUAACGAGUUUGAAGCGUACCUACGCUUCGAUCAUCUCUGUUGAUACUCUUAAGCAGAUUGUGGAGGGAAGCUGAUAUUGUGGUGGAAUCUGCAAAAACUAGAGGGCGCAAACGCCCACUGCGCUCAACGAUCGCUCUCUAGAAGGCGUGGCCUUAAAUCGGAAUACGUACGAAUCUGUUUCACAGAUUCGGCUUGCGACUAUGCUGACUCAUAUUCUAAAGCUGCAACAUCCCGAAGUUUGGUAAAGCAUUUCCUUGAAAACCACUGAGAUGUUGCUUGCUGUCGUGAGGGUGCUAUGACCUUGUAAAAGUUAAACGUACUAAUUGCGGCGAAGAAUUCGUGCGAACCACCAUGACCUUAUCGUGGCUAUGUUCUUCAUGGUCAAGAGAGCACCUUCAUUGCAAUUCCAGAAAUUUGUACGGAUUGUGCUGCUUUACUCUCAA